AUGAGCGUUCAGCCGCCAUUCCUUACAGGGAAUGAGGAAACAUCUUCCGGUGGUUUGAAAAGACCUCAAAGUGAGCCAGUCAUGUACGCCGAUGUGAAGAGGCCAGCAUUGAACACUCACGCUUAUGCUGAAUAUCGAGCGACCCCAUAUUCUUACUCUACCCCGAAUGUGUACCAGACCAUUUCAACGAUAAAUUUCGCUACUGGUUUUUCACCUGCAAGUUGUGCUUAUUCCAUGGCAGCAAUGACAAUUCCUCCUUCUGAGCAACUGUUUUUUCCACAUGGCUCCAGUGGAGGCAACAUUCGGGAAGAAGUAUAUGGUAAUCCACUGACGCAUGGCGGUUUCAGCCGACAGAAGUAUUCACGAACGAGACGUCUGCCGGCACGUUAUCGAGAUGACGGAUAUGUGUGCAUGCUUGGUGAUGGAAGCCGCGGUAACGAGGUAUAUGCUAGGUUGAAUUGAAA